CUCACCAGCCUUCGCCCGCAGGUCUGGCGGCGGUGCCGUGGGCCGCGGUGCGGCGGGCGGGAGGAUGGGCACCCAGGGCAGUCCAGUGAAGAGCUACGAUUACCUGCUCAAGUUCCUGCUGGUGGGCGACAGCGACGUGGGCAAAGGCGAGAUCCUGGAGAGCCUUCAGGACGGCGCAGCUGAAUCCCCGUACGCCUACAGCAACGGGAUAGACUAUAAGACUACUACCAUCCUCCUGGACGGACGGCGUGUCAAGCUGGAGCUGUGGGAUACAUCGGGCCAGGGAAGGUUCUGCACCAUAUUCAGGUCCUACUCGAGGGGCGCACAGGGAAUCCUUCUGGUGUACGACAUCACCAACCGUUGGUCCUUUGAUGGCAUUGACCGGUGGAUCAAGGAGAUCGAUGAGCAUGCGCCUGGUGUUCCCCGGAUCCUGGUUGGGAACCGGCUGCACCUGGCCUUCAAGCGGCAAGUUCCAACGGAGCAGGCCAGAGCCUACGCAGAGAAGAACUGCAUGACCUUCUUCGAAGUCAGCCCCCUGUGCAACUUCAAUGUCAUUGAGUCCUUUACUGAGCUCUCCCGUAUCGUGCUCAUGCGGCAUGGCAUGGAGAAGAUCUGGAGACCCAAUCGAGUUUUCAGUCUGCAGGACCUCUGCUGCCGUGCCAUUGUCUCCUGUACCCCUGUGCACCUCAUCGACAAGCUCCCACUACCUGUCACCAUCAAAAGCCAUCUCAAGUCCUUUUCCAUGGCCAACGGCAUGAACGCUGUCAUGAUGCACGGCCGCUCCUACUCCCUGGCAAGUGGGGCCGGGGGCAGUGGCAGCAAGGGCAACAGCCUUAAGAGGUCCAAGUCCAUCCGGCCCCCUCAGAGCCCACCUCAGAACUGCUCUCGGAGCAACUGCAAGAUCUCCUAGCGGGACCUGUGGGUUCCGCCUGUUCAGACUUGGGGCUUACGCUGGAGCACUCCUGGCCAUGCACUAGGCCCUGCUGCGUGCAGGAAGACUUGGCUACACAACCCUGCCUGGGUCUCUCCAGGCUUUCCUCCACAUCUGAGCUAGUGGAGGGGAGGGUGUGCAGGAGAGAACGUGCUCCGCAAACCAGGCAGCAGGGCUGCUGGUGCUACGGGGACCAGGUGUGAGCCAGUCCUGGACGCCAGGCUGGAAGUGAGCCAGGCUCCCCUUUAUUUAUAUGGAGAACAUUUUACCUGUUUUGUACAUUUUUAAAGGGCUGUCAGGGAAGCCUGGAUGCCCCUCAUAGCCACAUCAGCCGUUGGGGAGGCUCAGGAUGUCAGGGAAGGGGGGAUGAGGCAGUGGUGGAGGGUUCAGUGUUGACGCCAGAUCUUUAGGUUUAUAAACACCCUGCCUGGGUGUUGCUCGGAGGCCAGUGGGGAAGAGUGUCUUUCAGAGGCUUCUAGCAGCAGGCUCGGCUCCAGCUUCCAUAUCUAAUAAAGGUAAUCAGUAUGCUGGGCAUAGGCAAGGUUUCCGCUCCUGGGACCUCCUAGGAGAGGAGACGUUGGUACACUUGGGAAGCCCCACUCAUCGUUCUCAUUGUGCCCUGGAGAGGAGACGUUGGUUCACCUGGGAGGCCCCACUCAUCGCUCCCAUUGUGCCCUGGCACUUCCAGUGAUGUUUACUAUACACAUCUCCAGGCCGGGCUACAGAGCUUCUGGCAGACUUCGUGCUUCAUGGCCUCUAGCAUCUGGGCUUGGGCACAGGGCCUAGGACCCCAGUGUCUAGCAGCUGGUACUCAUCAACCUUGGCUGUAUUUCAUAGCUGCUCCUUGCCUCUUGUGGCCCUUCUGCCUUUAAGUUCAUGUCACUGGAAUCUCUUUGGCCUGUUUCUUAGUGACACUCUCUGGAACACCAAGCCCCUCCUUAGGGAUUCACUGGCCUGAGCAACUUGUGAAGCCAUGGACUGUUCCUCCACAAUACUCCUCCCAGUCUGCGCUGGUCAGCCUUCUCCCCUGUGGGGAUGCUGUCCCCAGUGGAUGUCCUGUGUGACUGCUUCCCUGUCCUUGCCUGGUGGCACGCUGGUGCUUAACUCUACCUCCUGCCCUCAGGGCACUGGCCAUAACAGGAGCCAUGACCCCUGACUGGGGACCUCUCAGUGCACGUUUGCUAAGACCAUCUUGCCAUGGAUGUUACUAGGGCACUGGUAGACACUGCGCCAGCCUGCUCUUCUGGGAGAUUGGGUCAGUGCCUGUAGGGAGGGCUGUGGUUGUGGGAACUGCCGGAUAAGCAGCAGCCUGACCUGGGAGCCUGACCCAGAGGCUGGGUACAGUCAAGCAUCACCUUUCCCCACCAGUCCUGUUUCUGUUGACAGAGACCUUUUCUCUGGAACCUCGAAUAGAAUGGUAUAGACUUAGAGGACCUGGAUUGGCCUGCGUGCACACCAUCAACACUACACUUGCUGCUGUGGACUCCACCAUUCCUGGUUCUUUGUUCUUACUUCUUUGUACAGUAAAUGUACUUCAGCAGUGA